ACUCACUGACUCACUCUUGUGUUGACUCUCGUCCACUCACUUCGUCUCUCUCUCUCUCUCUCUCCCGCCGACAAAGGAUAAACAGACAGGGAGAAAGAGCAUAAUAGAGGGAAUAAAGCGAACAGGAGAGUGAAAGUGAAGAAAAGAACAAAAAGAAAAGUUGAUACUAAAGAUAAAGUUAGACAUAGAGAGAAUAGUGGAAAAAGAAGGUAGAAACGAAGAGAAAGUGGUGCAUAUAUAGAAAGUGAAAAUAUACUAGCAAGUGGAGAAGAAAAUGAGAGAAUAAUCGAAUGAAAAAAAUAACAGAGAGAGAGAGAGAGAGAGAGAGAGAGAGAGAGAGAGAGAGAGAGAGAGAGUCAUAUGAAGUGCGUGAGUUAAGCAUUUUGGAGAAAGGUCACUAAGAGGUACGUGUGUGCGUGUGUGUGUGUGUACAUCAGGCUGGCCACGCACAGGAGAUACAACACCUUCACCACUGCUCAGCCGCGCACAGCGGCGAGCAGUGGUGGUGGUGGAGACGGAGGUGAGCGCGUGGACCUCAAUAUUAUGAAACGGAACAUGACCAUCGCGAAGGGCUUCCUUGAUAUAAGUUUGCUGUCGGCUAACGCUAACCAGCUCAGAAACGUGAUUUACUACGGAGACAGAGAAAGUACAGUCUUCUAUCUCAUUUUGUCAGGCAUUAUUCUCAGCCUUAUACUGCAGGUAUCAGCUGGGGUCGUUCUAAUUCUAGCAGAACGUUUCGACAUCAACAAGGAGGAGGACCAGGAACACGGGGACUGGAUGAAUACACUGGUUACUUGCAUCAUAUUCAUCGUCCUCAUCAUCAAUGUCUUCGUGGCUAGCCUGGGUGUGGAUGUGGCCGACCCAUUUCAGCCUCCAUCUUACCCUGGGCUUGCAUCAUCCACUACUCUGUCUCCUCUUGAUGUCUUUAAGGGUCCUAAUUAUGGUUAAAGUGCAAGAGUAUUGGAAAAUCAUAAAUAUAUCACUGAACGAAGCUUCGGUCUGAAUCUGCUUGUUUUUCGAGUCAUGUUCUCAUAUUCCUAUGCCUUAUCUAAAUUUCGACAGACUUAAGUAGAAAUAGUUAUGGUUUUCAAGGCUGUCUGCAUGCUUGAUUCUAGUGGUAGUGUACACAGCAUUCUGCAUAUUGAAUGAGGGAAGCAAUCACUUACUUUCCAUUUCCGUGGCCAGUCUCUUAAGUGGUUUCAUUAUUAUAUUAUUGUCCUUUAUAUUUAAUAGUGUUAUGUAUUUACCGAGUUCGUAUAUCAUUCAGUCUACGUAUGGUACUACCUGUGCGUAUAGAUAGUAUUAUGCCUAUACAUGCAUUUUAAAACACACUCAAUAUUGUAGUUAUCUACAUUAUAGUGGUUAUAUGUAUUUGAUUAGCUAUAACAUAGUACAUCAUCCAGUCUAACUACUUAUACAUGCAUAUGUACUUAGCAACACAUACCAAAGCAUCCUGUCUCCAUGUCCAGUUUAUUAUUACUGCUACACACAAUAGAUGUUUCUGCCUUCCUUGCAUCACUUCCGCUCUACUAAGUAGCUACAUGGUAUCAUCGAUGUUUUCAGUCCAGGAAAUGAUUGCUACAUACAUGAGUACUUAUGUUAGGCUAAGACAAAACAUCGUCUCUUCAA